GCGAGGUUAACUGUGAGGCGAUUAAGGAGCCCAGCGCAGCACAACGCACAGAGCCUCUCGCGGAGAGCUUCAGCGGAAAUGGUUGUCGCGGAGGCCGCCGCCGCGGGCAACGAGAUGAGCCUGUCCAACAUGGUGCUGGGCUUCUACGAGGAGGCCGAGAGGGAGAGGUGGACGGAGGAGGCCGCCGCCGCCGCCGGCGAUGGCAGCGACGAUGAAGGGUCCAGCGGCGGCGGCGCUGAGAGCAGGGCGUUCUGGCAGGAGCAGCGCUCGCUGUUGCAUGAGGCUCUGGCCAAGAGAAGCUCCGCGGAGAGCCGGAUCCAAGCGGACACGGAGGAGGCCGUCAGGCAGAUGCGCGCCACGCCCGGCGGCGUCUGCUCCUGCGCGAGCCGCGCCGCCGCGGCCGCGGGAGCAGGAGGCUGCCGGGCCUGCGCGCUGCGGUUCGUGGCCGAGCGGCUGCGCGACGCCGGGUACAACAGCGCCAUCUGCAGGUCCAAGUGGCCGCGCACCCCGGAGAUCCCAUCAGGGGAGCACAGCUACGUGGACGUGGUGGUGCCGACGAGGAGCGGUAAGGCGGUGCGGGUGGUGAUCGAGCCGGGCUUCCGCGGCGAGUUCGAGAUGGCGCGGGGCGGCGCCGAGUACAGGGCGCUGGUGGCGGCGCUGCCGGAGGUGUUCGUGGGCCGGUCGGAGAAGCUGCGUGCCGUGGUCCGGGUCAUGUGCGACGCGGCCAGGCGGUGCGCGCGCGAGAGCGGCAUGCACAUGGCCCCCUGGAGGAAGCACCGGUACAUGGAGGCCAAGUGGCUCGGCACGCCGGAGCGGGUCGCGCCGGGGGGCGGCGGAGGAGUGCCGGUGGCCGUCGGCUCGCCCGAGAAGCCGCCCAGGUUCAGGGCGUCCAUGCUCACGCUCGACCUCGGUGGCCGGACCGUGGUGGAGGUCGUGUGAUAUGAACUGAUGAUCACUGUCCCUGAAGCUGACGACGACGAUGGAUCCAUGAUGGGAAAACGAGACUGCUGUAUCUACUGUGUGCGUGUGUUAGUUUUGCCGUUAUCUGAAACAAAUGAUGGCGUGAUGCAGACGUACUGUAGAAUCAUGCUAGGAGUAGUAUACAGGAGGAGUAGCGACGUAGCGUCGCGGUUAUGGGACAACCAACUGAAAACUCCAUGUUGUACGGUCUCAGGCUCUCGCAUGUGCCAGGCUGAUCAUUGUUCCGGAACGAUUGAGCGAGCUACAGUUUUUCCAUGAUACAAUGUGGAUUUAGGUUUCUCAGUUCA